UUUCCUUUUCGUCGUUAGACCUUCUUUGGUCAUUCGGUAGACGCGGGGAAUGUCGAAAGGAUUAUGAGAGCAGUAAAAACCGUGUCUUCUUCCACGUCGAAUAGUUUCACUAUAACUGUUACUUUUUAGUGUAACUCUAUUACAACUAUCCAGCGGUAAUUUCAACGUUUCCGGUUCCGAUAUGAUGUAAAAAAAAAUUCGGACUCGAGAUACCGCCGCCAAUACCGUACACAUGAUCGAAUUUUAAAACCAGCAUUUCUCGUAAAUUUUGUAAAUUGUGGUGUUUUUUUUAUUGGUUUUUUUAGUUCUGUUAUUUCGAAAGGAUAUAUUUUUGAAAAUAUUUUCGAGCCGCGAUGUUGCGGGCAUUUUUUUUGAAAAUUUAAUUAAAAUGUGUUUUGCCGUUUAGUUACCAUAUUGUAUUCGGAAUGCCUCGAAUUUCGUUUGUUUUAAUGUUUUUGUUUGUUGUGUAUGUGAAUAUGACGCCGAUGAAGGAACAAAAUUACGACGAAGAUAUCGAUUCGGAUGAAGAUUUCAAUUCCACCCAAAGGCAAACUCACGGCACGGGUAGGAUAUUUUUCGAAGAGAUAUUCGGAGCGCCCAGCGUAGACGCCGAAGAAAAAGAACCCCUGGGAAAUUGCACCUGCGAAUGUGGCCUAGUAAAUCAAGAAAUCCGAAUCGUCGGAGGCAUGCCGACCGGUGUGAAUCGAUAUCCUUGGGUGGCCAGACUCGUCUACGAUGGUAAAUUUCAUUGUGGAGCAUCUCUCAUUAAUAACGAUUACGUGGUUACCGCAGCGCAUUGCGUUAGAAGACUGAAAAGAUCAAAAAUACGGGUCAUCUUAGGAGACCACGAUCAAACUGUGAUAAAUGACAGCGACUCGGUUAUGAGAGCCGUAUCUUCAAUAGUCAGACAUCGUCAUUUCGACGUGAAUUCUUACAAUCACGACAUAGCGUUGUUGAAGUUACGUAAACCUGUGUCAUUUUCAAAAACCGUCAGACCGGUGUGUUUGCCUCCUGAUGGUCUAGAUCCUUCAGGAAUGACUGGCACUGUAGUAGGUUGGGGUCGAACAUCCGAAGGAGGUACUUUGGCAUCAGUUGUACAAGAAGUACAGGUACCUAUAUUAACUCUGAACCAGUGUCGAGGCAGUAAAUACAAACCUUCCAGAAUAACUCCUAAUAUGCUCUGCGCUGGAAAAGGAACUCAAGACUCGUGUCAAGGUGACAGUGGAGGUCCUUUAUUGGUCAGUACUCAAGGAAAUGAUAAAUACGAACUCGUCGGUAUCGUUUCAUGGGGCGUCGGCUGCGGUCGACCAGGAUAUCCAGGAGUAUACACCAGAGUAAACCGAUACUUGGACUGGGUGAAGCGAAACAUGAGAGAUACGUGUUUAUGCGUAAAUUGAUCGAAGAUCAAGCUCAUAUCAGGUAUACCUACCAAGACUAUCUGCACAAACACACGUACACCACGCGAACGUCGAAGGCGAAACCAUCAACCAGCGUAAAAAAUCUCUCCAUUCCUGAUUCCGAACACAUACGAUCUGUAUCUACCUAUCUAGGAUCGGAGGAGAGAAUCGCAGCUCGAGUACAAGAUGCACUUUACUGUCGAAAACUGGUUAUCGUGUCGAGUCGUCAUUUACGAUGAGACGAGUAAAACUUGCGAACAAAGCAGCCAACAAGACGAUCAACUAAAAAAAAAAAAGGAAGAAGAAAAAAUGUGUAUUUUUAAACUAAUUUAGAAUAUCGUCAUUCUAGUCAUAGGGUAAAUUAUGUGUGUUGUCGAUAUUAUGUGUGAGAAGAUGAUGGAUGCUUUUGUGAUAUUUUAAAAUCGAAUAUUGUAACGAAUAUUAAAAUCGUAUUUUUUCGCGUGUA